GUAGCCAGAUGUUCAUUUGUUGGUGUGCUUGGGAUCAUUGUCCUGUUGCACAACCCAAUUUCAACCCAGCUUAAGCUGCUGGACAGAUUGCCUCACUUUUGUCUCAAGAAUAUUCUGGUAUCAAGUGAUGUCCAUCAUUGUCACAAUGACUGCAAGUCCCAGGUCGUGUGGCUGCAAAACAAUCCCAAAUCAUCACCCCUCCACCACCAUCCUUCACAGCUGGUAUGGGGUGUUUAUGGUGAUGCGCUCUGUUUGGGUUUCACCAGACAUGGCACUGGGCAUGAUGACCAAACAUCUCCACCCUGGUCUCAUCAGUCCAAAGGAUAUUGUUCCGGAAUGUUUGUGGUUUGUUCAGAUGCAGUUUUGCAAACCUAAGUCAUAUUCCAUAUUCUUUUUGGAGAGACAAGGCUUUUUCUUAGCCACCCUUCCAUGACAGCCAUUCUCGAUUCUGAUUGUGCUGCUAUGUGCAUAAACAUUUAAUGUGCUUACAGAGGCCUGUAGGUCACAUGAGGUAGCUCUGGGGGGUUUUCUUUAUAUCUCUGAGCAUUUAAAGGUCUGAGCAUGGACUGAAUUUGCUGGGACUCCUGGGGAGAUUGGCAACUGGCAACUGUUCAUUUGUAAACAAUUCUUCACAUUGUAGAAUGGUAAAUUUCAAAUUGUUUGGAGAUGGGCUUUAACCCUUCUGAGAUAGAUGGGCAGUAACAAUUGGUUCUCUGGGGUCAUGACUGAUGUCCUUUCCUCUUGGCAUGAUGUAGACACACAUCUGAGUUCUCAGAACACCAUAUGAAGACUUUCUGCUAAAAGUUCUACCUUAUAGAGAUAGUUGUGUAUUUCAUUAGUAACACCUGGCUGCUACUUACUCUCUUAAAGAUAGUGGAAGUAGGAAGGGUGUACUUAUUUUCCCCACCUGGUUUCUGAAUGUUGGUUUACUUUUUGGGGAAAAUGACUACAUAUUGAUAUCUGUUCUUUUUUUUUUUUUUUUUUUUGUCACCUGAGGUUUUUUGUUUGUUUAUAGAAGUUGGUAAAGGUCACCCAUUUGUUAUUUCCAUCCAUCCAUCCAUCCAUUUUCUGUACAGUUAAUCCUACACAGGGUCGUGGGGAGCCUGGAACCUAUCCCUGGGGACUUGUUUAAGGUGGAGGAUAUUCUGGACGGGGUGCCAACACAUCGCAGGGCACAAUCAGACACACACCCAUUUGCACACCCAUUCACAUCAAUUGUUAUUUUAUAAAUAAAAACACAGAACUGAUGGAGCAUGUACUUUUUUCCCCAUCACUCUAUACUGCUACCAUUUUGUAUAAUUAUACACUCUCAAUUGUCUCUUUUCUGCAGCUGUAACCCUGGAAUUUCCCACCUGAAAAUCUUAUAUCAUCUCAUACAGUGUCCUUUGGGAGUCUCCCUGCACAGCUUCAAAUACCACUCAAUGACUGAUGGUUUUAAACCAGUGACAGUGUAAUUCUAUGCUUUUUUAUAUGUAGCAUAAAAUACUGUUAAAUUAAAGCCAUUUAACAUGCACAUGGAUCGGUUUGUGUUCUAAUUAUCACCCCAAAGGAAAGGCAAAUCUACAUGGAUCAGUUAAACUGUUCCACUAGUUUAUUACCAAAAUGUUGGGAAUUUCAGCCAUAAUACAGUAUUUACAAUGACACAAUUUGUCAAUAGUUUCCAGUAGGUGGCGGUGUUCAGUCUACUCCUGCCCUUUAGAUUCAGACGAAGAAGCUGCUUUUUGUCUGGAGAGCUGAGAUUUCUGACACAGCGAAUCGUUUAUGCGUUAAAAUUAUAUUACAGUAUUGCAAUUAGACUAGAUCAGGUUAACAUUAAACCCUCGGCAUUGUGUCUGUAUUUACGGCUUUAAAUCCCGUUCUGCUUUAAAGCCCACGGCUUCUUAUAAUGAAAUCAGCAGAAGCCAGUCCAUCCUGUGAGACUCCUGCUGUUACACCUUCACAGCUGAGCAAGGCUGUACAGACAAACACUUCCGUGACUUCAGCUGGAGGGUCAACAAGCUCUGUGGGUGACUUCAGUCCUGAGGACCAACUGAAGGAAGAAUUUCAAAAGAAGGUUAUAAAAGAAGAACCUGAAGAUGAUGACUACCACUCUGGCAAGGCAUCAAGCUGUGUGGGACGUGUCACCUCUGUGGACCAACAGAAUGAAGUAUUUCAUGAGAAGCUUGUAAAAGACGAAUCUAACGACGGAGAUUACUUCUGUGGUGAGACAUCAAGCUGUGUGGGAUAUGUCACCUCUGUGGAGCAGCAAAAUGAAGGAUUUCAUAUAAAGCUUGUAAAAGAUGAACCUGAAGAUGGAGAUUACUUCUGUGGUGAGACAUCAAGCUGUGUGGGACGUGUCACCGCUGUGGACCAACAGAAUGAAGUAUUUCAUGAGAAUCUUGUAAAAGAAGAACCUGAAGAUGGAGAUUACUUUUGUGGUGAGACAUCAAGCUGUGUGGUUCACCUGACCAUUGUGGACCAACAGAUGGAAGAAUUCCAAGAACAACCUUUAAAAGAAGAAGAAACUAAUGAAAAUGACUAUCUCUACUGUGAGCACUGUAGAUCCUUCUUUCUCAACAAGUGUGAAAUACACGGUCCAGCUCUCUUCCUCCCUGAUACCCCUGUUCCAAUGGGGGUUUCAGAUAGAGCCAGACAAACCCUUCCCCCUGGUCUAGAGGUUCAGAAAUCUGGUAUUCCUGGUGCAGGCCUGGGAGUGUUUAAUAAGGGGGAUACUGUUCCAGUUGGUGCCCAUUUUGGGCCUUACCAGGGAGACCUGGUAGAUAGAGAAGAAGCCAUGGCGAGUAGCUACUCUUGGGUGAUUUGCAAGAGCAGGCAUUUUGAGAAAUAUAUAGAUGCUAAGAGAGUGACCCAUGCGAAUUGGAUGAGAUAUGUUAAUUGUGCUCAUAAUAAUGAAGAGACUAAUCUGGUGGCAUUCCAGUAUCAAGGGGAGAUUUUCUACCGUUGCUGUCGACCCAUCAAACCAAGGCAGGAGCUUUUGGUGUGGUAUGAAGAGAAGUACGCUAAGGAUCUUGGCGUCACUUUCAACUCCAUCUGGGACAAAAAGUGCUCCAUAAGAGAAACGAGCAGUUGUCCAUUGAAAGGUUUCUCUUGCUCAUUGUGUUCACUUUUCUAUACGUCACAAAUUGACCUUCACGAACAUAUUAAGAGAUGCCACGAUGAGGAAAAUACGAGCAUGCUGAAAUCAGAAGAAAUUACACAUGAAACUCCAAAAACCACAAGAAUCUCUACAUGUAAGCAAACACGCACUGGUCCUCGCGUUGUUAAGACUUCUCACAGACUGAAAGAAACUUACUGCUGCUCACAAUGUGGGAAACGUUUUAAUCAGGAGAGUGCUCUCCAACGGCACAGACGCAUUCACGGAGGAGAGAAGCUGUAUCACUGUUCAGAAUGUGGGAAGAGGUUCACUUACCAGAAUACACUCCAACGCCACCAGCUUGUUCAUACUGGAGAAAAGCCCUAUACCUGCUCAGAGUGUGGGAAGAGUUUUACUUACCAGAAUGUGCUCCAACGCCAUCAGCGCAUUCAUACUGGAGAAAAGCCCUAUGCCUGCACACAGUGUGGGAAGCGUUUCUCUCGACAGAGUCAUCUUCAAGCACAUCAAACCAUUCACACAAGAGAGAAACUGUAUCCAUGCUCACAGUGUGGGAAACGGUUUGCCGGACGGUAUCCUCUGAAACAACACCAGCGUGUUCACACGGGAGAAAAACCGUUUCACUGCACACAGUGUGGGAAGUGUUUCGCUCGACAGAGUCAUCUUCAAGCGCAUCAAAACAGUCACACAGGAGAGAAACUGUAUCCAUGCUCACAGUGUGGGAAACGUUUUGCUGGACGUUGUUAUCUGAAACAACACCAGCGCAUUCACACAGGAGAAAAACCGUUUCAGUGCUCACAGUGUGGGAAGCGUUUCGCUCGACAGAAUACUCUGCAAAUACACCAGCGCAUCCACACAGGAGAGAAGCCAUUUCACUGUGGACAGUGUGGGAAGCGUUUUAAUCAAGAAACUACUCUCCAACGGCACCAGCGCACUCAUACAGGAGAGAGGCCAUACUACUGCUCACAGUGUGGGAAGACUUUUGCUCGACAGUGUAAUCUCAAAAGGCAUGAACACAUUCACACUGGAGAGAAGCCGUAUCAGUGCUCACAGUGUGGAAAACAUUUUAAUAGAGAGAGUACUCUCCAACGGCACCAGCACACUCACACUGGACAGAAGCUGUAUAUCUGCUCACAGUGUGGCAAGAGUUUUACACGACAGAGUAAUCUUGAAAUACAUCAGCAAAUUCACACUGAAGAGAAGCAGUAGCACUGCUCACAGUGUGGGAAGAGUUUCACUCACCAGAUUACUCUACAAAAUAUCACCAGCGCAUUCAUACAGCAGAGAAGCCAUAUAUCUGCUCACAGUGUGGGAAGAGUUUUAUUUGAUUAUGUCAUCUCCAUCACCAGAGCGUUCACCCAGGGAAAAUGUCGUGUUGCUCCUGAAAUUUGGUUCAGGCUCCAGACACAUCUUCACCUUUCCAAGGAGAAAAUCCAUGUCACUGCUCGAAGAGAAGAGUUUUUCUUACUCAAAUACAAGUUAAGACACUGUAAAGAGCUGUCAGCAUGUGGUACAAAAACAAAACAAGAAGAAGAAGAAAAAGAAUUGUGUUCAUUUAUCACAAUUGAAGGGUGUUGGUUGUGGGCGUGGCCUGUCCAGUGUUUGUGGUGUUUUCAGUUCCAUAGAGAAAGGCUUCUUAUAAUGAAAUCAGCAGAAGCCAGUCCAUCCUGUGAGACUCCUGCUGUUACACCUUCACAGCUGUGCAAGGCUGUACAGACAAAAACUUCUGUGACUUCAGCUGGAGGGUCAUCAAGCUCUGUGGGUCACUUCAGCCCUGAGGACCAACUGAAUGGAGGAUUUCAAAAGAAGGCUAUAAAAGAAGAACCUGAAGAUGAUAACUACCACUCUGGCAAGACAUCAAGCUGUGUGGGACGUGUCACCUCUGUGGACCAACAUAAUGAAGGAUUUCAUAUAAAGCUUGUAAAAGAUGAACCUGAAGAUGGAGAUUACUUGUGUGGCGAGACAUCAAGCUGUGUGGUUCACCUGACCAUUGUGGACCAAAAGAUGGAAGGAUUCCAAGAACAACCUUUAAAAGAAGAAGAAACUACUGAAGAUGACUGUCUCUACUGUGAGUAUUGUAGUUCUUUCUUCAUCAACAAGUGUGAAAUACACGGUCCAGCUCUCUUCCUCCCUGAUACCCCUGUUCCAAUGGGGGUUACAGAUCGAGCCAGACAAACCCUUCCCCCUGGUCUAGAGGUUCAGAAAUCUGGUAUUCCUGAUGCAGGCCUGGGAGUGUUUAAUAAGGGGGAUACUGUUCCACUUGGUGCCCACUUUGGGCCUUACCAGGGAGACCUGGUAGACAGAGAAGAAGCCAUGGCGAGUAGCUACUCUUGGGUGAUUUGCAAGAGCAGGCAGUUUGAGAAAUAUGUAGAUGCUAAGAGAGUGACCCAUGCGAAUUGGAUGAGAUAUGUUAAUUGUGCUCAUAAUAAUGAAGAGACUAAUCUGGUGGCAUUCCAGUAUCAAGGGGAGAUUUUCUACCGUUGCUGUCGACCCAUCAAACCAAGGCAGGAGCUUUUGGUGUGGUAUGAAGAGAAGUACGCUAAGGAUCUUGGCAUCACUUUCAACUCCAUCUGGGACAAAAAGUGCUCCGUAAGAGAAACGAGCGGUUGUCCAUUGAAAGGUUUCUCUUGCUCAUUGUGUUCACUUUUCUAUAAGUCACAAAUUGACCUUCACGAACAUAUUAAGAGAUGCCACAAUGAGGAAAAUACGAGCAUGCUGAAAUCAGAAGAAAUUACACAUGAAACUCCAAAAACCACAAGAAUCUCUGCAUGUAAGCAAACACUCACUGGUCCUCGCGUUGUUAAGACUUCUCACAGACUGAAAGAAACUUACUACUGCCCACAGUGUGGGAAACGUUUUGCUGGACGGUUUCAUCUGAAACAACACCAGCGCAUUCACACAGGAGAAAAACCGUUUCACUGCUCACAGUGUGGGAAGCGUUUCGCUCGACAGAGUCAUCUUCAAGCACAUCAAACCAUUCACACAGGAGACAAACUGUAUCCAUGCUCACAGUGUGGGAAACGUUUUAAUCGAAAGAGUACGCUCCAACAGCACAGACGCAUUCACACAGGAGAGAAGCCGUAUCACUGUUCAGACUGCGGGAAGAGGUUCACUUACCAGAAUGCACUCCAACGCCACCAGCGUGUUCAUACUGGAGAAAAGCCCUAUACCUGCUCAGAGUGUGGGAAGAGGUUUACUUACCGGAAUGCACUCCAACGGCAUCAGCGCGUUCAUACUGGAGAAAAACCAUACAUCUGCUCAGAGUGUGGGAAGAGUUUUAGCCAAUCAAAUUCUCUCCAAAUCCAUCAGCUCAUUCACACAGGAGAGAAGCCAUAUCCCUGCUCACAGUGUGGGAAGGUUUUUCUUCAACAGAAUACUCUGCAAAUACACCAGCGCAUCCACACAGGAGAGAAGCCAUUUCACUGUGGACAGUGUGGGAAGAGUUUUAAUCAAGAAAAUACUCUCCAGCGGCACCAGCGCACUCAUACAGGAGAGAGGCCAUACUACUGCUCACAGUGUGGGAAGACUUUUGCUCGACAGUGUAAUCUCAAACGGCAUGAACACAUUCACACUGGAGAGAAGCCGUAUCAAUGCUCACAGUGUGGAAAACAUUUUAAUAGAGAGAGUACUCUCCAACGGCACCAGCACACUCACACUGGACAGAAGCUGUGUAUCUGCUCACAGUGUGGCAAGAGUUUUACACGACAGAGUAAUCUCAAAAUACAUCAGCAAAUUCACACUGAAGAGAAGCAGUAGCACUGCUCACAAUGUGGGAAGAGUUUCACUCACCAGAUUACUCUACAAAAUAUCACCAGUGCAUUCAUACAGCAGAGAAGCCAUAUAUCUGCUCACAGUGUGAGAAGAGUUUUAUUUGAUUAUGUCAUCUCCAUCACCAGAGCGUUCACCCAGGGAAAAUGUCGUGUUGCUCCUGAAAUUUGGUUCAGGCUCCAGACACAUCUUCACCUUUCCAGAGGAGAAAAUCCAUGUCACUGCUCGAAGAGAAGAGUUUUUCUUACUCAAAUACAAGUUAAGACACUGUAAAGAGCUGUCAGCAUGUGGUACAAAAACAAAGUAGAAACAAAAAGAAUUGUGUUCAAAUCAUUUGCAUAAUUUUUUUAGCAAUUGUAACCUUGUUGAAUAUCAGCUAUUACUAUCAAGUAGUUACAUCAACUGUAUUUAAUGGUUUUUGUAUUUGUUGUGGUUUACUAAAUAGAAAACAUUAAUUACACUUGACUUGUAUAUUAAACAAAAAAUUGGAUAUAAAGGACCGUAUUAAUAUGAAGAUUAGUUUGGCUAAAUUAUCACUUAAUUUAUUCUUUUUUUUUUUUUAAAUAAUCUUGUGUUGACUGUGUGCUUUUCUUAUUAUAUUACCUCCCCAAAAGAGUUUUUGUAGACUGAUGGUAUUCUGUGACCUAGUGAACCAUUUUCAAGAUGUAAUUUGAUAGCAGCUUUACAUAAAUAUAUCAAUUCUAGAUAUAAAUGUAUAAAUUUAUUCCCAGUAAGGAAGCCAGAGGUGCUGGUGAUAACGAAAGACUCCUAAAUCCUCCUAGAUCAGGCCUAAAUCAUGAAGGUGUUAUUUCUAUGCAAGUAUGAGCCUAACUGCUGACCUUUCCUAGGUUCUUGGAGAUAAAGGGGAGAUUUGAUAUUGACCUACAGUUAGACGGGUGAAGCGAGGUUGGGUUUUUAAUCAGGGGUUUGAUUACUGUGAGUUUAAAGGAUUUAGUUUCCUCUAAGGGAGGAACUGCUUAUUUUUAAGAUGGUUGAUUGUCUGUUUGAGGAAAUGUAUAGGUAAGGGAUCUGGUGUACAAGUUGAUUUUGAUGAGGAAAAUAGUGUAAUUGGUUCGGUCUGUUUGACUUGGAGUGUAACAUUCGAAUUGCUUUACGGAUGCGUUUUAUUGCUUUCGACAUAGUUUGUUAGGAAAUUGUAUGAGGUACGCAUACUUCUCUGUAAAAAACAAAUCAGAACUGUAAAGUGGACCAUCCAUCCAUCCGUCUUCUACCGCUUACUCCUUCAGGGUCGCGGGGGAACCUGGAGCCUAUCCCAGGGAGCAUCGGGCACAAGGCGGGAUACACCCUGGACAGGGUGCCAGUCCAUCACAGGGCACCUGUAAAGUGGACCUCAUGGAGAAAAAGAUUAACUGCUUUGGAUAAAAGCGUCUGCUAAGUGAAUAAAUGUAAAUGUGAAUUAACCAUGUCCAGAACAUAAUACAAAAUGCUUGAUAAAACUUCACAACUAGACAAAGACAUUAAAUGGUAAAUAAAGACAGACUAAUCAAGGGCUAAAGGCAAAAACAUUUGGGACUCAUUUAUAAACUGUAUGCACACAGUAAUUUGCUUAAACUCUUUUCUUGUCCAUGAGGAUGUGCACAAAUGUAUGUACAUUACUGAAUAUUCAUAUGCAGAAAAGUCUAGCGGUGGAAAAGUGUAAUCACAAGUAAACUGAAUGUGAGGAGUUUUUCGAAAUAUAAGUCGGCAAUAGUAGGUACACAUGUAGCCAUUUUAUUCUUCGUGCCCACCGUCUCAGAUCACAAUGUGAGAAGGGUUCUGUAGAAGGUAAAUAGCAUGAAGGCUGCUGGCCGUAAUGGUAUCUACAGCUGCAUUCUGAAAUUCUCCACUGACCAGGCAGCCAUGGUGUUUACCAAUCUUUAAUACAUCUCUAGCCUAGUCUGUGAUCUUGCCACAUGCUUCAAGCAGGCCGUUGUCCCUGUGCCUCAGAACAACAAACCAUCAUGCCUGAAUGAUCGUCAUGACCCUGACCUUCAUGUUGAUGAAAUGCUUCAAAAAGCCAGUGAUGGACUACAAAUGCUCCUGCCUUCCCAAUGAGACUACAAUACUUGAUGCAGGAAAUUCGUCAGUAAACGAGUGACAUUACUAUUUAGGCAUGUUUCUUAAUGUCUAAUGUGUGAUUUGGAACACAUUGAAUUCUCCUUGAAUGUUUGGUCGCCUUGCAGCUGUCAGAUUUGACUGUGUGGUGGAGAAGGCUGUAGAGAACCCAAAUUCAAUAUGCUCCUAUAAGAGGGUGAAACUUUCAUCCAGCAACCAUUUUUUAAAAAAUGUUUUACCAUUCAGAUAAAUUAUAUCUUAUCACUACAUCAUGAACAAUGGUCGUGGAGCUCCACAUGUCCUGCACAUUUGAUUGUUUUCCCAGCUCUAACACCCACUUCAACUUAGGAAAGGAAGCAGAGAAAACACAUUUAACAGGUGCAGGAGAGAGUAUUCUCCAAGAUCAAGGUAGGGUAACUGUGCUGUAACAUAGAGCUGAUGUUGAGAAUCAUGUGGAGCGAUUAUAAGAAGAAAGCUCUCCGGUUGCUCGCAUUAGUUAAUGUGAAGUCAGAAUUCCUUGACGCUCAAACACUGAACUCAUUUAAAGAUUUGCCAAAUUCCGCGGGAUACUUUCGCCUUAGCCCCGACAAGUUCUCUCAGCGACUGAGAUGAAUUUAGUUUCUGUUUCUCUUUAACCAUAAUAUUUAUAUU